ACGAGUUAUUGUGUUCUGUCGGUUUUAAAGUAUCAAGUAAAUAUUUUACAUUAAACAUCGCGGAAAUAUUCCACUCGACAUGGCGUUCAGCCGGCGAGAAUUGAAAAUCAUUUCGAUUCUUCAACUAGCAAUGGCAGUUAUCUUUUUCGCAUUCGGCAUCGUGGACCAUUAUGAAGUACGCUUCACAUACCUCAGCUUUUUGUUCAUGCCAUGUUGGAUCGCAGCUCUCGUAUUGCCCGCGGGAAUUAUGGGAUUGAUCGUGGCGACCAGGACCAGACGCUCCUCGAUUCUGAUACACUGGCUCAGUACAAUUAGUAUUGCCUCUGUUGUGGUUUGUGUAGUGGUACUUGAAAGCUAUUCAUGGGCUGUGAAUACUGUAUUGGGUUACAAAUAUGAUAAUUAUCGUCAAAAAAACCAAGAAGGUUUUUCUCAGUUUUGGGCUAAAGACGCAAAAAUCAAGUUUGAAGACCAGGAAAAUACCAUGAUAGCCAUACAUGCCUUGAUUGUUAUAUUUUCCAUCGCUGAGAUUAUUCUCGCCGUGGCGAUGGCUCGGAGCAGUGAUGCUGGGCGUCAAUUGCCCCAGCAAAAUCAGGUAUGUUGCGUUACUCUGGAAAAAACCAUUUAUCGAAUAGGGCACUGAAGCCUAGGAAGG